UGAAAAAAAGCCUCGCCGGAGGAGAAGGGGAGGCAAGAGACCAAAAUAGACCAAAAUAUCCUUAGAACGAUUAUUUAUUGAAGGGCCGAGAAGACUGCAUAGCAUUUUCUCUGGGGUAGGGUUCUGAGAAAUGUCGAAGAAAGAUGGAGAGCCUUCCAUUGCGUAUCAAGGAGAUUACGUAGAGAUUUGUGAAGGAGAGACGGAAGCACUAACGAGAGAGAGUAAUGAUGAAGCAGAAAGAAGAAAGAGAGAUAGAGAAAAGCCUGAUUCUCAACGGAGCUGUAUUAUGACAAUCUUCGAUGGUUCUCAACGGAGCUGUAUUAUGACAAUCGUCGAUGGAGUGAAUGUAUUGGCUGGUGCUGGACUACUCUCAACUCCAUUUGCAAUCAAAGAGGCUAGCUGGUUUAGUUUGCUAUUAUUACCUCUUUUUGCCGUUCUUCGUUGUUAUACUAGCAUUCUCGUUCAAGACGGUGGUGAAAAUGGUGGUGAAAACAGUGGCCAAAACGGUGGCCAAAAUGUUGGCGAAAACGUUAUCAGGAGCUAUGCAGAUCAUGGAGAAGAUGCAUAUGGAACAUUCGGACGACAUCUCCUAUUGAUUGUUUGGCAGCUGGAGUUAUAUUCUCACUGUGUGGAGGUUAUUCUUUCUGAAGCUGAUAACCUUACAAGGCUAUUUCCUGGAGUUUCAUUUGAAUGGGCAGGGAUUCAUCUUGACUCUUUUCGCUAUGGAAUUUUAACUGCAUUGAUUGUUCUAGUGAUUGUUCAGUUCAGAGGAGUUACAUCUUACCUGUCAGCUUUUCGUGUGGUUGUAACUAUUCUGAUUGUUGUUUCACUGAUUCUUCUGGGCACCGAGCACGGUGUAGGAUUUCAUCUGUCUGGUUCGCUGGUGAACUGGAACAAGAUUCCAUUUGCUUUUCAGUUUUAUAGUUCUUGCUACUCUGGGCAUUCAGUGUUUCCAAGCAUCUCGCGGCAUCUUUCUGAUAGUAAAUCAUUUACAAAGGCACUGCUGUUUAGCUAUGCUUUGGCUACUGCAAUAUAUGUGAUUUUUGGAUCCCUGGGAUAUCUAAUGUUUGGUGAAGACACGCAAUCUCAAAUAACUUUGAAUUUGCCAAAGCACUCCAUUUCUUCAAUAUUUGCAAAUAUUACAAUGGUAAGUGUCCACGUUUGAUAUGUCUUCCCGGGGUUUUUACUUGAAAAUUUAUGGGAGCAUAUGAUGUGUUCUGGUAACAUGGUUUGACUCUUCAUGUUUACCAAAACGUUCCUAAAUGGGGGAUGGUCAAAAUGACCAGUGGGAGAUUUUGGAAGAACUGGUAGUCCUGUUGUGUUUCAGAUGCAGGACUGAAAUGUAUGUUAGCCCUAAUUUGUUGUCUUUCCAAAAACUCAAUUCAACCACUAGUUGCAUGACUUAAUUUUAGGUGUAGAUAUGGAAAAGGAGCCCCAUCCAUGAUUUAGGUGGACCAUACUAUUGAAAACAGUGUACAUGGUAAUGCCCACCCUCCAAACUGUUUUCCUCUAGGUGACCCACCUGAAUCAUGAAUUGUCCUAAUUCUUGGACCCUAGGCAUAAAUGUUUUAGUGGAAUCUAAUGGUUGGAGUAGAUUUCUUAUAAUCUUCAUAGUGGGGCCUGUAAAAAUCAUUAUUGGACAUCUCUCCAAACUAUUUCCUUUGGUGUCUGAAUCACAGGUCAGCCUAG